AUGAUAGACAAAUGAUAUUUGCAAGCUCACACCUCCAAUCUCCUCUCUCCAAGGCACCCUUGUAUUAUAUUUUAUAUAAUCUCUUAAACUUUGUCUUCACAGAAACAACCAACCCUUGGAUCUUUGAGGAUCUCCAACUGCAUCUUCAACAAAUCUUGAUCCCAUUUCUGAGUUACCCCAUAUAGGGUUGAUUCAAAUAUAGUUUCUUGAAGAUGUAUGUGGUGGAUAGCAGAGGAGGAGCAAUAGCAUGCAUGCUGCUUGCAUUACUCUUCUUAGGAACAUGGCCCGCCAUUUUAACGUUGUUAGAACGACGUGGUCGGCUUCCUCAACACACUUAUCUUGAUUACACAAUCACCAAUCUUUUGGCUGCUGUCAUAAUCGCUUUCACAUUUGGGGAACUUGGCCACACGAAUGACGAUAAGCCCAAUUUUCUAGUCCAGCUUUCUCAGAAUAAUUGGCCGAGCAUUCUGUUCGCAAUGGUGGGUGGGGUGGUUUUAAGUCUGGGAAAUCUGUCAACGCAAUAUGCAUGGGCAUUUGUCGGUUUAUCUGUCACCGAGGUGAUCACCUCAAGUAUUACUGUUGUCAUAGGUACGACUUUGAACUACUUUUUAGACGACAAGAUCAACCGAGCCGAGAUACUGUUCCCUGGCGUCGCGUGUUUCUUGAUUGCGGUUUGUUUAGGCUCUUUUGUGCAUGCAUCUAACGCCAAAGAUAAUAAAACAAAGCUUGAAAGAUUAGGCGCGGGUGAAAAAGGAGUUAUUAGUAACGGAUCAAACCCGAUUCCAAAAAAAGAUUUGGAGAAUGGAAGUGUUAAAGUCGAGAAAGCGAAAGUAGGGACCGCAAGUUUUCUAAUUGAACUCGAAAGCCGAAGAGCAAUCAAGGUGUUUGGGAAAAGCACUUUGAUUGGUUUGUCGAUAUGUUUCUUCGCGGGAGUGUGUUUCUCACUUUUCUCACCGGCUUUUAAUCUCGCAACCAAUGACCAAUGGAAUACAUUGGACGAUGGCGUCCCUCACUUAAGCGUCUACACCGCUUUCUUCUACUUCUCGUGCUCGUGUUUUGUGAUUGCCAUAAUCUUGAACAUUACAUUCCUUUACCGCCCUGCGUUCAACUUGCCUCGAUCUUCAAUCAAGGCGUAUCUAAACGACUGGGACGGUAGAGGCUGGGCGUUUCUGGCUGGAUUUUUGUGCGGUUUCGGGAACGGUCUCCAGUUUAUGGGAGGUCAAGCUGCUGGUUAUGCUGCAGCUGAUGCAGUUCAGGCACUUCCACUUGUAAGUACCUUUUGGGGGGUGCUCUUUUUUGGUGAGUAUCGCAAAUCGUCGAGAAGAACAUACGUGCUUCUCGUAGGCAUGCUUUCCAUGUUUAUUGUGGCUGUUGGAGUUUUAAUGGCGUCAUCAGGACACCGAAAACAUUAAACACGUUAUGUCGUUACCUUAAAAUUAUCGAAAGGCAAAAAUGUUACUGAUCGUCAACAUUGUACAGGAAAAAAGAACAAAUUUGAUUACAAAGGCACUAAACAUAUAAGAAUCUGUUAUUCUGAUAUCAAAUUGAAAGUUGUACCAUAGGAAUAAGUUGAAAUUAUGGGCUUGUAUUAAGUACAUUCAUUUAUCAAUAUAUAUUUAGGCAUUUGGUUUUGUU